CGGACAAGAUGGCGGCGGCAGUGGUCGACAGCGCGAUGGAGGUGGUGCCGGCGCUGGCUGAGGAGGCCGCGCCCGAGGCGGCGGGCCUCAGCUGCCUCGUCAACCUGCCGGGUGAGGUGCUGGAGUACAUCCUGUGCAGCGGCUCGCUGACGGCCGCCGACAUUGGCCGUGUCUCCAGCACCUGCCGGCGGCUGCGCGAGCUGUGCCAGAGCAGCGGGAAGGUGUGGAAGGAGCAGUUCCGGGUGAGGUGGCCUUCCCUUAUGAAACACUACAGCCCCACCGACUACGUCAAUUGGUUGGAAGAGUAUAAAGUUCGGCAAAAAGCUGGGUUAGAAGCUCGGAAGAUUGUAGCCUCGUUCUCAAAGAGGUUCUUUUCAGAGCACGUUCCUUGUAAUGGCUUCAGUGACAUUGAGAACCUUGAGGGACCAGAGAUUUUUUUUGAGGAUGAACUGGUGUGUAUCCUAAAUAUGGAAGGAAGAAAAGCUUUGACCUGGAAGUACUACGCAAAGAAAAUUCUUUACUACCUGCGGCAACAGAAAAUUUUAAAUAAUCUUAAGGCCUUUCUUCAGCAGCCAGAUGACUAUGAGUCAUAUCUUGAAGGUGCUGUAUAUAUUGACCAGUACUGCAAUCCCCUCUCCGACAUCAGCCUCAAAGACAUCCAGGCCCAAAUUGACAGCAUCGUGGAGCUUGUUUGCAAAACCCUCCGGGGCAUAAACUGCCGCCACCCCAGCUUGGGCUUCAAGGCAGGUGAAUCAUCCAUGAUAAUGGAAAUAGAACUCCAGAGCCAGGUGCUGGAUGCCAUGAACUAUGUCCUUUAUGACCAACUGAAGUUCAAGGGGAAUCGAAUGGAUUACUAUAAUGCCCUAAAUUUAUACAUGCAUCAGGUUUUGAUCCGCAGAACAGGAAUCCCAAUCAGCAUGUCUCUGCUCUAUUUGACAAUUGCUCGGCAGUUGGGAGUCCCACUGGAGCCUGUCAACUUCCCAAGUCACUUCUUACUAAGGUGGUGCCAAGGCGCAGAAGGGGCGACCCUGGACAUCUUUGACUACAUCUACAUAGAUGCUUUUGGGAAAGGCAAGCAGCUGACAGUGAAAGAAUGCGAGUACUUGAUCGGCCAGCACGUGACUGCAGCACUGUAUGGGGUGGUCAAUGUCAAGAAGGUGUUACAGAGAAUGGUGGGAAACCUGUUAAGCCUGGGGAAGCGGGAAGGCAUCGACCAGUCGUACCAGCUCCUGCGAGACUCACUAGAUCUCUAUCUGGCAAUGUACCCGGACCAGGUGCAGCUUCUCCUCCUCCAAGCCAGGCUUUACUUCCAUCUGGGAAUCUGGCCAGAGAAGUCUUUCUGUCUUGUCUUGAAGGUGCUUGACAUCCUCCAGCACAUCCAGACCCUAGACCCGGGGCAGCACGGGGCGGUGGGCUACCUGGUGCAGCAUACUCUAGAGCACAUUGAGCGCAAAAAGGAGGAGGUGGGCGUGGAGGUCAAGCUGCGCUCUGAUGAGAAGCACAGGGAUGUCUGCUACUCCAUCGGGCUCAUUAUGAAGCAUAAGAGGUAUGGCUAUAACUGUGUGAUCUACGGCUGGGACCCCACCUGCAUGAUGGGACACGAGUGGAUCCGGAACAUGAACGUCCACAGCCUGCCACACGGCCACCACCAGCCUUUCUAUAAUGUGCUGGUGGAGGAUGGCUCCUGUCGAUACGCAGCCCAAGAAAAUUUGGAAUAUAACGUGGAGCCUCAAGAAAUCUCACACCCUGACGUGGGACGCUAUUUCUCAGAGUUUACUGGCACUCACUACAUCCCAAACGCAGAGCUGGAGAUCCGGUAUCCAGAAGAUCUGGAGUUUGUCUAUGAAACGGUGCAGAAUAUUUACAGUGCAAAGAAAGAGAACAUAGAUGAGUAAAGUCUAGAGAGGACAUUGCACCUUUGCUGCUGCUGCUAUCUUCCAAGAGAACGGGACUCCGGGAGAAGAUGUCUCCACGGAGCCCUUGGGACCCGCUGCACCAGGAAAGCCACUCCACCAGUAGUGCUGGUUGCCUCCUAAGUUUAAGUACUGUGUGCUCUCCCCCAGCUGCAAAGACAAUGUUGCUCUCCGCCUACACUAGUGAAUUAAUCUGAAAGGCACUGUGUCAGUGGCAUGGCUUGUAUGCUUGUCCUGUGGUGACAGUUUGUGACAUUCUGUCUUCAUGAGGUCUCACAGUCGACACGCCUAUAAUCAUUCUUUGUAUUCACUCCAUUCCCCCGUCUGUCUGCAUUUGUCUUAGAACAUUUCCUUGGCUGGACAGAUGGGGUUAUGCAUUUGCAAUAAUUUCCUUCUGAUUUCUCUGUGGAACAUGUGCAGUCCCGAGUGAGGACUGUGUGUCUUUUUACCCUGAAUUUAGUUGCAUAUUCAGAGGUAACAUUGUGUGCUAUCUUGGCAGCAUCGUAGAGACAGAGACAUUAACAAGCUAAUGGUAAUUAGAAUCAUUUGAAUUUAUUUUUUUCUAAUACAUGAAACACAGAUUUGAAGUGUUUAUCUUUUUUUUUUAAAUUUAAAUGGGAAUAUAACACUUUUCCCUUCCAUAUUUCUCUCUCGAGUUUAUGCACAUCUCUGUAAAUCAUUAGUUUUUUAUUACAUAAAAUUCUUUGAGAAAAUGCAUAAUAGUGAAUUUUGUGAAUGGAUUUUUCCGUAUUCAUCUACAAUUCCUCCCUUUUAAAUGACUACUUUUAUUUUUUAACUUAAAAAAUCUACUUCAAUAUCAGGAGUAGAUCUUAAAUCAGUGAUGGGUUCUUUUUGUAGUAAGACAUAGAAAUCUGAUGUUAAAUGUUUGCUCUUAGAAGUCAUCCUCCCUGGUCUCCAAAGACCAAAAAAUGAGGCUUCUUCGCUCUUGUGAUCAGGAAAAAAAAAAUUUGUGAACCUUAAAAAAAAGUUUUUGAAGGGAAAAGAAGUGGUUUCACACCCCUUGUUAUUCCUCAGAGUCAUUUCAAGGCCUGUUCAAUUGCGACAGGUUAGAAAGAGAAUGCCUUUCAUCUGAAGAGUGUUGGACUCGUGGGAAAGGAGAUGUGCGUGUUGUAAUCGGCUUUUCCAGGCUGCCAGGGUCCUGACGGCAGCAGGACGAAGCCUGUUGUAAUAUCUUCUGGGAAAGCCUGACUGUUCACACAGCCCUGGCUCCUUCCCAGAGUUCUCAGUAACUGAGUCUGGAGUACCUGCAUGCCUUCAUGCAGCUCUGGAGCUCCUCCUCCUCCCAGCCUGCCAGUUCUCGCUUGAGCUAAUCUUGUCAUUAAUUGAUAGAUGCUAACUUCUGGAGUUAGGACCUAGUUACUUUGCUCUCGACUUUUAAAAUAAUGCAGUUGCUCUAGUGAAUGGGGUGUUAGGGGCCUGUCUGUGCGCCUGUCUGUCCAUCUGCAUGCAGUAUUCUCACCCAUGUUGAAUGACUGCUGCCUGUUUACCCUUUGGAAACCCUGGGGUGACGGAGGAAAGCCACCUGAGACCACUUCAUAGCGAGGGAAGGCUUUAAGCAUUUACUAGAAAGAGAUAGGGAUUUGGCCCUGGCUCCUCCAGCCUGAGUUAGCUGUUAUCCACUGUCCACGUUCCUUAUGAGUUCAAAUCCAGAGUCAAAGGAUUUGAACCUGCAUUUGGAAAUGUGACCACUCACAGCACCUGGCCCACUGAGGUUGGGAGGAUUGUACACUACUCUCAUUUAAAGGGGAAAAUUAGAUAAUAUGGAAUUAAUAUUAAUGAGAUGCAUUACUAAGAAACUGUGAGCAUGCUGAGAGUUACAAUUGUCAGUUUUCUGGUUUGAUUGAUUUCCUUUAUUCUUAGAAACAUCAAAGCCAAGAAAGAUGGUUUUACCUUUACUGACCCAACUGUAAAUAUGUAUCUAGACUGUUUUUAAAUGUGUUUCUUCAUGACUGCUUCAUGGGGCUCCAGGAAGCCUGUAUCACCUGUGUAAGUUGGUAUUUGGGCACUUUAUAUUUUUCUAAAAAUGUGUUUUGGAUCCUGUACUCUAAUAAAUCAUAAGUUUCUUUUUAAAAAUUUUCCAAAACUUUCUCCAUUUUAAAAAGCCCUGUUACAAAAGUAGAACUUUCACAAUGUUAAAAUGUUAACUAUUUGGAUAUAGCAACUUCUUUUCUCCUCAAAUGAAUGCCAAGAUUUUUUUGUACAAUGAUUAAUAAAUGGAACUUAUCCAGAGAAACCACACAAAUGGACUGCCCAAUUUCGUUUCAGGACAGAGAGCUCAGCCACGAUGAGAGUGGAAUCUCUCUCACCUCUCUUCGGCUCUAAAUAUGAAAAGUAUGCUCUGCUGAAAUUUUCUUAACGUUGGUGAGCAGACAGCCUACCUUUAAACGAGGACCUCCUUGCCCAACAUUAAUUUUAUCAGCUCACUAGUAACCUUUGAGAAUAUCUGGUUGUCAUGCAAAGAUUGCACUUCUUGAAUUAUGUUAAGACACCUGUUGUAAAAUGAGAACUGCUCAUGCUUUAAAAGAAAAACAGGUUCUUGAUGCAUUCUGUUGCGGUUGUUUUGAAUGGCUGCGCUGCAUACAGUGUGUCCAGAAUGUCCCCUGAGCAUUGAUUCUGUGUGAUGUCACUACCUACUAUGUGGGAUGUGGGAGGAAAAAGGUUAUAGGCUGAACAAAG